GUAUUAAUUUGAAAAAUCUUUAUCAAUAAUUUUUAAAUUUUAAAGUUGAAAAAAAUCCACAUUAAUCGUCAUGAUUUUUGAAUUGAUUCUCGAUUCCAACCGAAAUAACAAAAUAAACAAAAAGAUCGAGUCGAAGGUUUUUGAUUAAUCGAUCUUCGACAUCUCUACUGGUUGCAAACAUAUGUAAAUAAAACAUAUAUUCGAAAUGAAUUCAGACGACGAAGUUUUUGAAGGUGUUAUGGACAAUGUGCUUGACGAAACCAUUUCUUCCACACCCAGCAAAACAAAAAGACGAAAAAAACCACAAAUAGUGUCAUCAUGGACAAAUGAAAGCACAACGAAUUUGAUACAGGCCAUUGAAAUGCACAAUUGUAUUUGGGAAUAUUCCUGCCCAGAAUAUAAAGAUCGCGCCAAAAGAGAUAAAGCUUGGAAUAACAUCGCGGAGAAAUUUCCAACCCAAGAAGUUGACGGAUGCAAAGCAAAAUGGGCGAAUAUAAAAACGGCAUUUUCAAAUGUAAAGAAAAAAAUGACAACUAAAUCAGGCCAAGCGGCCGGUAAUGCUUUGCCACAUUGGCCGUUUUGGUCAGCUAUGCAAUUCUACUGUUUGCAUGAUCGCUGCAAGAGUAGUUCGUCCGUCUCAACACUAGAUGUGGAUGCAGAUGUAACGCCACCACCAACAGCUGCCCGAAGUGACAGGAAAUCCAAACCCUCUGCAUCCGAUGAAUCAGUGACAACAGAUGCAAUGGAGAGCGCAAUACAAUUUUUAAAUAAAGAAGAAGACCACUGGCAUGGAGUGGGCAUGUAUCUUGCACUGCAAAUGCGUGAACUAUCAAAAAGAAAUAAAAGAGCAGCAAAUAAACUUCACGCGGAAUUAAUUCAAGUAGCUAUGAAUGCUGUGUUGCAACAAGAUGAGGAAAGUUUAUCAUAA